UUCUCAGAACUGGAAGAGUAUUGUUUUCAUCCUCACACAUCUACCCUGUGAAGGUGUGGCAUCCCCCUGUCUGUCCUUCCCAGGCAGAUGCUGAGUCUAAGCCACAAUGAUAGGUAUAGAGCUAUAUCCAGGACGAGGGGUUUUAGUUUGGGCAAGACUUCUGAAUUGACCAAAAUUAUAGAUGCUUGAGGAGGCAGGAAAUGAAUGUCUUUAUACCUGGGAGUUAUUUUUAGGAGCCUACACUGGGGUGGUGCCUCCUGGAGAGACAGAAAUGAUAAUUGUGUUCUAGAGUGCGCAGUGGAGUGUUUGGAACCUAUCACUUAGUGGAAUAUUACCUUGCCACGCGGAUAAUUUUUGUUGUUGUUUUUAGAUAAUGCAAAACAUAGCAUUUGGUUUUCUGGUGGUCGAAUAUGAUACUUUGUUUCAUUAUCACACUCAGGGACAUCUGAGUUGAUGGAAGAAGAGGGAAGCAAGAAGCAGGGAGGGGGUAGAUGGGAACUGUCUAGUUAUACCCAACAGGAGGGCUUGCCUUAUUUUCAUGUUCCCACGAGGUACACGGCUGUGCAGCUUAAUAGUAAGUGUUGUUCACUGGUGACUUUGGGGUUUACUUAUCUACUCUGUUGAUGCAAUUAUUGAAAUGAUGGUCUUUGACUUACGUUCUGGGUACCCUCCAAACUGACUUUCUACUUCUGUCUCUCAUUUGUGAGAGACUUGUUAAAGUUAAUGCAUCAGUUAAUAGAUGUAAACAGAGCUGCUGCCGGCCCACAAGGUGCCCCUUUGUGGUGGACCACCCCUGCCAGGGCACAUGCCCUGGUAAACAGAGAGGAUUGGACUUCUGCCCCACUCACCUCCUGCUGGGCACUCUUGUGUGGCACAAUCUAUGCAACUGUGUGUGAUGCUCUUUUCUGGAGAAGUGGUUAGAACAGUCCCUGGCACAUAGUAAAUAUCACUGUUGGGGGUUAUUGUUAUUAUUUUGGUAUGAUUGAUGGUAUUGCUUUCAGGGCAGAUCAUUUUAGUACCACAAUAAUCUGGAAAUGAUGAUCCAGUGAAUUUAGUGCUUGUAGUAACAUUUGCAAAGGUAAGUGAUUCAUUUCAGGUUUCUUGUCGCACUUCCAUUGUAGUUCUCAGGUGAUAAAAAUGGCCAACACUUAGGGGCACUUACCCACAUAGCAGCUGCUCUGCUAAGUGUGGGCCAUGAGUCAUUCAUUUAAUCAGCGCAACCUAGGAAGGUUGGAAGGAAGCACACACUAUUAGUAUCUGCAGUUUACAGAAGAGAAAACUCAGGUUUAGAAGGGUGUUACUUGCCCCAGGUCGGUUUGUAAGUUCUGUGCCUCGGCCUUGAGUUCACAUUGGCCAUGUCUGGCUCUAGGACUUCAGCUCUUAACCUCUGUGCCAUCUUCAAGGAUGCGGAGAAAGGGGAGCCCUCUUGCACUAUUGGUGGGAAUGCGAACUGGUGCAGCCACUCUGGAAAACAGUGUAGAAGUUUCUCAAACAGUUAAAAAUAGAGCUACCCUUUGACCCGGCAAUCAUGCUAUAGAUAAAGGCACUCUGCUGGACACUACAAGAAUGGCAAGUUGUGGAAGACAACUUCAAAGUGGAGAGGAAAGCAUUGGAGCUGGGCAGUCCUGGGGCUUGAAUCCCAGCUCCACCACUGGCUCCUGGUCCCAUCAUUGAACAUCUACCUGUGUCUUGCCGGAACAGAGCGCCCUGCUGAUUUUCAUAAAGAAGCAUGAUUGACAUUGGCCUGACUGCACUUGGGAAUAAGACUUGAUACAGAGUCCUGGACAGACAGGGAGGAUUCAUUAAGACUAUAUCAUGAUGACACAUCCCUUUAUUGGUGAGCCAUAAAAGUUCAGAGAAAGAACACAGAAAGUUCAUUUCCCUUUCAAGGAAAGAAGCCAAGCUGUUUUUACCCAGAGGAGGAAUGAUGUAGUUACAUCCUAACCUUCUUUUCUUGUACUUACAGCAGAGAGACUCCUUGGGCCAAGGGGAAUAUUGGAAUUGGAUUUUUAAGGAAAAUUGAGAAAUAAACUAUUUGGUAAGAGGCCCAUCACCAGGGUAAUGGAAGAGGAGCCCUCUCUGGUGCAUAAGACAUAGCAGGUCCCUUGUUGUGGUCAGCUGCGCAUCUGGAAGGCGAUGAUGGGAAUGAAUGGGAAAGCUUGGAGUUUUCACUGCACUUGCUGCUGCCUGGAAGAUCAUCCUUUAGAAGUAGGCAAACUGCUCCACGUGGUGGUAGACUUCCAGGGACCAGACACACUGUAGAAAGAAAUGAAUGAAAGCAGCGUUGGGGGCCCUGAACACAUGCUGCCUGUGGUCUAGUCCAGGGAAGCCCUCCCGAGGGGCCCUGGCAUUCUGGAAUGUCACCGGGUCUGGAUGCAUGGCCGAUUCCUGAGUGACGAUGGUUCGCCGGGGGCUGCUUGCGUGGAUCUCACGGGUGGCGGUUUUGCUCGUGCUGCUCUGCUGUGCUGUGUCUGUCCUCUACAUGUUGGCCUGCACCCCGCGAGGGGACGAGGAGCAGUGGGGGCUGCCCAGGGCCAAUGGCCCCACGGGGAAGGAGGGCUAUCAGGCCGCACUGCAGGAGUGGGAGGAGCAGCACCGCGACUACAUCAGCAGCCUCAAGCGGCAGAUCGCACAGCUCAAGGAGGAGCUGCAGGAGCGCAGCGAGCGGCUCCGGAGCGCCCAGCAUCGCCCCAGCGACGCUGCCGGCCUGGGCUCCGAACCAGGGCCCCCAGAGAAGCCCCCGGCAGACCUGCUGGCCUUCCUGCGCUCCCAGGUGGACAAGGCCGAGGUGCACACGGGCGUCAAGCUGGCCACGGAGUAUGCCGCAGUGCCCUUUGACAGUUUCACGCUGCAGAAGGUGUACCAGCUGGAGACGGGCCUGACACGCCACCCCGAGGAGAAACCUGUGAGGAAGGACAAGCGGGAUGAGUUGGUGGAAGCCGUCGAGUCCGCCUUGGAGGCUCUGAACAGCCCCGUGGAGGGCAGCCCCAAUCAGCGCCCUUUCUCGGCCACAGAUUUCAUAGAAGGGAUCUACCGCACAGAGAAGGAUAAAGGCACUCUGUAUGAGCUUACGUUCAAAGGGGAGCAGAAGCAUGAAUUCAGGCGACUUGUCUUGUUUCGACCCUUUGGCCCUAUCAUGAAAGUAAAACAAGAAAAGCUCAACAUGGGCAACACACUCAUCAACGUUAUCGUGCCACUGGCAAAGCGGGUAGACAAGUUCCGGCAGUUCAUGCACAACUUCAGGGAGAUGUGCAUCCAACAGGAUGGGAGAAUUCAUCUCACCGUUGUUUACUUUGGGAAGGAAGAAAUGAAUGAGGUCAAAGGAAUACUUGAAAACACUUCCAAAGCUGCCAACUUCAGGAACUUCACAUUCAUCCAACUGAAUGGAGAGUUUUCUCGGGGAAAGGGACUUGAUGUCGGAGCCCGCUUCUGGAAAGGAAGCAACGUCCUUCUCUUUUUCUGUGAUGUCGAUAUCUACUUCACCUCUGAAUUCCUCAACACGUGCAGGCUGAACACGCAGCCAGGGAAGAAGGUAUUUUAUCCGGUCCUUUUCAGUCAGUACAAUCCUGGCAUAAUAUAUGGCCAUCACGAUGCAGUGCCUCCCCUGGAGCAGCAGCUGGUCAUAAAGAAGGAAACUGGAUUUUGGCGAGACUUUGGCUUUGGGAUGACCUGUCAGUACCGUUCGGACUUCAUCAAUAUAGGUGGCUUUGACUUGGACAUCAGAGGCUGGGGCGGGGAGGACGUGCACCUGUACCGCAAGUAUCUCCACAGCAAUCUGAUUGUGGUGCGUACACCUGUGCGGGGGCUCUUCCACCUGUGGCACGAGAAGCACUGCGUGGACGAACUGGCCCCCGAGCAGUACAAGAUGUGCAUGCAGUCCAAGGCCAUGAACGAGGCGUCCCACGGGCAGCUGGGGAUGCUGGUCUUCAGGCACGAGAUAGAGGCCCACCUUCGCAAACAGAAGACGAGUAGCAAAAAAACCUGAACUCCCAGGGAUAGAUCCAGGGAGGUUUUGUACUUUUUUCCCUUUGUGAUCACUGAACAUGUGGCUGUGACAAAGAAAAGAUUUCCCUCAAGGGAAAGAAAAAAAAAAGUUCAACUGAUUAGUAAAAGAGAUGGGAGAGAGCCUCUGAUUUCUCUCUGCCUAUUUGGCUCAACGCAACAGGAAUUAAAAUCUCCCACUUGGCCUGCAGGAGCAGCCCAAAUGCAUCCCGUGCAGAGUCUGACAAAGGCAGGAUGAUUGUGAGGUUACAAGCCUAACUGCGUGGAGGUUUUGUGUUUACAGCAGAGUGAGAGCUAUUAUCUUUUGUGCCCGUUGAAACAUUCACAAAUUAUAAAAAGUUUUUUUUAUAAGGAGUUCUUUCAAAUGAAAGGCAAGCACAUGUCUCCCCUAUGAGUGAUGACUGCGUGGGUAGGGCUGUCGUGCCUGGAAAUGCUGACAUAUCAGGAGACCUUGUGAGCUUCGGAGAUACACUCCUGGCGAUCCUUGUGAGUAUAUUAAGCAAAACCAAAUGGACUCAAAAAGAGAAAAAGAGAAACUAUUGUGUCAUUUCCAUCCAAGAUUAACCAAAAAUAAUCUGCUCAUCUUUUUUUAUUAUAGUUUUAACCAUCCUCGUUUCUUAAUUUUAUUUAAAAAUGCCUUUUUUUUGCUUAUGAGUUAUAUUCUGCUUAUUUAAUUACCAAUUUGCAAGCCUUACUAAGAUAGCACAAGUUAGCAUACAUUUUUAUAUACUUUAAGAAAAUACUUGUAUUGUGAGAAACUUUAGUUCAGAUUGAGCCCCAUAUCCAAGGACAUGCCAAAUGCUGAUCCCGUCAGACCCUGAAUGUCAGGUGGAAGUCGUGGCAUGGGGCUACUGAUACAUCGAGACUUAGAGAUACUUUAUCUGAAGAGUAUUUCCCAAGAGGAGCAACUGAACAUUGGAUGGAAAGAAAGAUAUACGUUUUCCCUUAACAGAAAGCCUCAUUCAGACUGGUAAUAUCUUGAUUUAUUCAAAAGUCAGAAAACACAUUUUCUCCUCAGGAGAACUGGGGACCACGUUCUUACCUGUUUAAAUAAACCAAAGUAUACUGUGUGAACCAAACUAUCUUUUUUCAAAGCAGGGUGCUCUUCCUGGCUGCUGGCUUUUAUGAAAAGAAAUGCAGAAAAAUGUAUUUUGUGAAAGAUCACUCCAUCUGCCAGAGUCAAGUGGGAUGGGAGAUUUUGCUACAUGUUCACCCACCCCAAUCUACGGGAAAGUAAAUAUUUUUUAAAUUAAACAGUUCUACUUAGCUGCCAAGAUGCUUCUGAAAAUGGCAUUUUAUUACAGUUUCCAACUAUUUUUUAAAAAUACAGUUAACAUUGAGUGAUUUCUACAUUCAUGUGAAAAUUAUUUAUUUAUUAGCCAGCACCAGAUGCAUGAGCUAAUUAUCUGUGAUUCCUUGCCUUCUGUUUGCCCACAGUCAACUCAUUGUUUAAAAGCUUCCAGAACAUUCAAGCUGUUGGUGUGUAAAAAAAAAAAAAAAAAAAAAAAAUGCAUUGUAUUGAUUUGUACUGGUAGUUCGUAAAAUUUAAUUAAAACACAGGACAUGAAUGGAAGGUAACAUUGGACAGCUAAUAAAAUAUGAUUUGUGGAUAUAA